AUGGGAAAAACUAGCGCAAAGGUUUCUGAUAGAGUUGUCUUUGAAGGCGGCGGUGGCAAGGAGUCCUUUUUCGUAUACGUCGAGCCUGAUAUGGUCGAUAAAUGGCGCAAGGACAAGAGUAUCCCUCUUGUAGAGGUUGUUCAAGCUUUCACCAUUUUUGAAGUUGAUAAUGGUGGAAACCAUGGCAUUGCUAUCAAGCCCUCCAAAUCCAGCCUCCACGCUUUUGGCACUGAAGACGAGACCGUGAUCGUCACGCGUAUUCUGAAUGAUGGUCGUCUUGUGCAUGGCCAUCAGGGUCCGGCCAGCUCGAAGGGAUAUGUUCAAGCUAUGAGAUAA